AUGCCUCUCAAAAUCACCCACGUACCAGCCAUCACAUUCAGCCAACAUCAAGAAAAAUCAGUUUGGAAUCGUUCUCCUUCGUGGAGCCUAAUGGACACCCCGGCGCACAAAGCGGCAGGAAAUGACAAGCAAAAAUUAAAAGUUGUCGCUUGGUUGAAUAGUGUAAUCGACCGGCUCAAAGGUUGGACUCAAAGUCACUGUCAGAAAUUGUUCGUUGAGAAGGAGCUGAUCGAGCUGUGCUACCGUGCACGAGAGACGUUCUGGAAGAAUAAUGUCAAGUUGGAGGUCAGAGCACCUAUCAAAAUCUGCGGUGACAUACAUGGCCAGUAUUCGGAUCUUUUGGCACUUCUCGAGUUGAAUGGAUGGCCUCCCGAGACCAAAUACUUGUUUCUUGGGGACUACGUGGAUCGUGGACCAUUUUCAAUUGAGGUCAUGUCGCUUCUUUUUGCCUAUCAAAUCCUGUAUCCUGAUAAGGUUUCGUUGCUCCGAGGAAAUCACGAGAGCCGUCCCGUCAACAUGCAAUACGGAUUCUUCCUGGAAUGUCGUAAAAGAUACUCUGUCACUCUCUACGACGCAUUCCAGAUGGCAUUCUAUUGUAUGCCGUUGUGUGCAGUGAUCAGUGAUAAAAUUAUUUGCAUGCACGGGGGAAUUUCUGAGGACUUGGUGGAUUUAAAGCAACUAGACAAAGUGGAACGCCCAUGUGACAUCCCUGAUAUCGGUGUGAUUGCUGAUCUGACUUGGGCGGAUCCUGAUCACUCGAUUCAGAUGUACAAUGAAUCCUUUCGAGGUGCUGGUCGAGUGUUCGGUACAGAAGCUGUCAAAAAAUUCCUGAAAAUGCACAAUCUGGAAUUGAUCGUUCGUGCACAUCAGGUGGUUGAUGAUGGAUACGAGUUCUUUGCCGAUCGCCAACUGGUUACAAUAUUCUCGGCUCCAUCGUAUUGUGGAACGAUGAAUAAUGCUGCGGCGGUGAUGACGAUUGAUGAGGAAAUGGUCUGCUCGUUCACUGUAAUGCGUCCGGAUCUCAAAAAAGAAAAAGACAACAAAUCACCGGCUGCAGGUGCUCCGGUCCCAACCUAA